UCCUCUCCUCUUGAACAACAUGAUCUAAGAUCGUGACUGGUGCUGCUCGGACAUCAUCAGAGGACCAAAACAGUCCACAAUGGGAGCUUUAUCGGAGAAGGAAUCAACGCCUCAUUUGUAGUGUUUCCACUCAUUUCCUCUUAUAAAUAGCUUUUACUCUCCAGACAUCAAAAAAUGUCAUUGCUUUGCCGAUCGACUGAUUCGAUGAGAAGCUUCAACUCGCCUCCGUCUUCUAUCGAUUUGUAAUUGUCCUCACUGGUCGGAUCUUCACCAUCCACACAACAUGCGUCCUUCCCUCGCCACGGCGGUCCUUCCCCCCAGGACCCGCAGCCACAAUCCACCCAACCUGGCAGUGGGGGGCCGUGAACAUCUGUCUGCCCCCCGAAGGCGCAGCCCCCAUCUCCGACACACCCUCAGCCCGGAGAACCUGCGGACGCUUGCGGAGAGAGGCGGGGCAGCCGCUGACAACGCCUCUGUUGUCAGCGCUCCCAUCGGGCUACCCCGGGCCAACAGCGACACCGACCUGGUGACCUCCCAGAGCCGCUCCUCGCUCACCGCUUCCACGCUGGAGUACACGCUGAGCCGCGGCCAGAACCUGGUCAUAACCUGGGACAUCAAGGAGGAGGUGGACGCCACCGACUGGAUUGGGCUAUACCACAUUGAUGAAACUAGUCCGUCCAACGUGUGGGACUGCAAGAACAGAGGGGUGAAUGGUACCCAGAAGGGUCAGAUCGUGUGGAGGCUGGAGCCUGGGCCCUACUUUAUGGAGCCCGAGACCAAGAUCUGUUUCAAAUAUUACCACGGAGUGAGCGGAGCCCUGCGAGCCACGACACCCUGCAUCACUGUGAAGAAUCCCACAGUUCUGGUGGAGGGGCUGGCAGAGCAGGUGGGCAUCGAACACCCCCGGAAGCUAAUCAGCUUUACUUUGACUGAUCUGCGUGCCACAGGCUUGAAGAAGGGCAUGUUUUUUAACCCUGACCCGUAUCUGAAGAUGUCCAUACACCCAGGGAAGAGGAGCGUCUUCCCUAUUUUCAGUCAUCAUGGGCAGGAACGACGAUCGGCCAUUAUCGCGAACACCACCAACCCCGUCUGGCACGGAGAGAAAUACACUUUUGUGGCACUGAUGACCGACAUCCUCUACAUUGAGGUGAAGGAUAAGUUUGCGAAGAGCCGACCGAUCAUCAAACGCUUCCUGGGUCAGCUUACGAUCCCGGUGCAACGGCUCAUCGAAAAAAUACCUGGGAUCCAGCCGGUGAGUUUCUCCUUAUGUCGACGACUACCCACUGAGCAUGUGAGCGGCCAGCUGCAGUUCAAAGUUGAGCUCACCUCGACUGGACCGGAUGGCGCCUCUCCUGACUCCAUCAUUGGAAUAUCAUCCUUGAAUGGAGCCCCAGGGACUCCGUCUGAUGAUGAAGACCUUCCUCAUCACCUUCCGGGGGUAGUUUCCUCAGGACCGUCCCCAACAGGCUCACACGUCUCCCAGAGUUUGUGGGAAGGUGGAGCGGCGGCCUUUCCAGAAAAGGACUUCUCUCUGGUUGCAGCUGAAGCGAGAUUUGUGGAACCACAAAGACUUUCUGGACAUGAAAUGCUCCAGAGGUCGUUUACGGAGGGUCUGGAUGCCAUAGAGGCCCCUAAAGGUCCUGGUGAAAGACCACUCGGUGCCGCUUCACCAAAACUGUGCUCCAGCUUCCCCACGCACACUAGACUCAGUGCCAUGCUGCAUAUUGAUUCAGACGAGGACGAGGAGAGGUCUGGAGCCAACGAUAUCUUCCCGGUACCACUUUCCCCUCUACUGAUGAACGGAGAACCUCUGGACAUAAGUGGUCCUGACGACGAAGACCCUUUUCCAGAGCCUCAGCAGGACCCCGAGCACCUGGAGCGCUUCGUACUGGAAGAGGAGCCUGAAGGUGCAGCCACCCUGCCAGAAGACGUGCCCCCGGAGGCAGAGGUGGCCCACGGCGUGGGGGCAGGUCUGGACUUGGAGGAUGUUUUGGAGGCUGAUGUUUUCCUGGAAGUGGAGGAGGCUCCAUUCACAGAAGCAACAUCCCAUGAUGCCUUGCCAGAGGCUGAGGAAGGGCCAGAGCAGGGGAGGGGCCCUGUUGAGGACCCUUCAUCAGAGAUUGACAGCUGCUCAAUGGCCACGGCCCCUCAGACGGUCUUCUCAUCGUCAGAGAGCUGCCCGAUCACACUGACCACGGCUGUGGAGGCAGAGGAGGGAGCGGAGACGGCCAUAGACCCAGGGGGAGCGGUGGAGUCCACCAGCUCACCAGCCCAUCAGGGCGUGGAUGACGAAGGGGGCGGGCAAGUCGUCACCACUGAUACUGAAGGAGAGACGGCAUCGGCCGCCGAGCACGAGGAGGCGGAGGAGAUCGGCGUGAGGAGGCUGAGCCUCCAGGCUGCUGGGGGAGGGGCUGAAGAACCGGAAGAGGAGGAGAGGAAGCCGCCCCAUGAGGAGGCGGGGUCAGCCGAUUCGGAACAAGUUACCACGGAAACAGAUGGCGAGGAAGGUACUCAUGUCAACGGCCAUCCUGUCCGCUCGCUUCCCUCUGUGCGCCAUGACAUCCACAGAUACCAGCGCGUGGACGAGCCUCUGCCUCCCAACUGGGAGGCUCGGAUCGACAGCCAUGGCAGGAUCUUCUUUGUGGACCACGUGAACAGGACGACCACGUGGCAGCGUCCCACCGGCCCACCGGCCCCGCAGGGCCUGACCCGCUCCAACUCCAUUCAGCAGAUGGAGCAGCUCAACCGCAGAUACCAGAGCAUCAGAAGGACCAUAACCAACAGUGACCGGACUGAAGAGAGCUCUGUAGACCUGCUCCCUGAACCAGAGAGUGAACUGCUGCCCCACUCCAUUUCUGAGUACAGACGAGAAAGCGCCGUGGCUCACUCCAGCGGUCGCUCGCGCCUCUCCCUGCUGCUGCAGUCACCCAGCGCCAAGUUCCUGUGCAGUCCCGACUUCUUCACCGUGCUGCAUUCUAACCCUAGUGCCUACCGCAUGUUUACGAGCAACACCUGCCUGAAGCACAUGAUCAGCAAGGUGCGGCGAGACGCUCACUACUUCGAGCGCUACCAGCACAACCGUGACCUCGUCACCUUCCUCAACAUGUUCUCCAACAAGCAGCUGGAGCUUCCCCGCGGCUGGGAGAUGAAGCACGAUCACACCGGGAAGCCCUUCUUCGUCGACCACAACUGUCGCUCCACGACCUUCAUCGACCCGCGGCUGCCCCUCCAGAGCUCCCGCUCCACCGGGCUGCUGGCCCAUCGCCAGCAUCUGAGCCGCCAGCGCAGCCACAGCGCCGGGGAGUGCUUCCUUUUGUCACAGGUGGUAGACGACGCCCGCCAAGCCAACCCGCCUGUCAUGCCCCGCCCCUCCAGCACCUUCAGCGGCUCCAGUCGAAGCCAGUACCACGACGUGGUGCCCGUGGCCUACAACGACAAGAUCGUGGCAUUUCUACGGCAACCCAACAUCUUUGAGAUACUGCAGGAAAGGCAGCCGGAGCUCGCCAGGAACCACUCGCUCAAGGAGAAAGUCCAGUUUAUCCGCAGUGAGGGGGUGAAUGGGCUGGCUCGGCUCUCGAGCGAUGCUGACCUGGUCAUGUUGCUGAGUUUAUUUGAGGAGGAGGUGAUGUCUUACGUACCGCCGUUACUCCACCCGGGUUACUGCCUCUCGUCCCCCCAGAGCUCCCCCGGUACGCAGCGAGCUAAUGCCCGAGCUCCGGCUCCAUAUAAGAGAGAUUUCGAGGCCAAACUGAGGAACUUCUACCGAAAGCUGGAGACGAAGGGCUACGGACAAGGGCCAGGGAAAGUCAAGCUCAUCAUUCGCAGAGACCACCUACUGGAGGACGCUUUUAACCAGAUCAUGUGCUACUCUCGCAAAGACCUGCAGAGGAGCAAACUCUACGUCAGCUUCGUGGGCGAGGACGGGUUGGACUACAGCGGCCCCUCCAGAGAGUUUUUCUUCCUGGUCUCCAGAGAGCUGUUUAACCCGUACUACGGUCUGUUUGAAUACUCAGCCAACGAUACGUACACCGUCCAGAUCAGCCCCAUGUCUGCCUUUGUAGACAACCACCACGAAUGGUUUCGCUUCAGCGGGCGCAUCUUGGGGCUGGCGUUGGUUCAUCAGUACCUGCUGGAUGCCUUUUUUACCCGACCUUUUUACAAGGGGCUCCUUCGAAUCCCCUGUGAUCUGAGCGACCUGGAGUUCCUGGACGAGGAGUUCCACCAGAGCCUGCAGUGGAUGAAGGACAACGACAUCGAGGACAUGCUGGACCUGACCUUCACUGUGAAUGAGGAGGUGUUCGGACAGAUCACAGAGCGGGAGCUGAAGCCCGGCGGGGCCGGGAUCCCCGUGUCUGAGAAGAACAAGAAGGAGUACAUCGAGCGGAUGGUCAAGUGGCGCAUCGAGAGAGGCGUGGCCCAGCAGACGGAGAGCCUGGUCCGAGGCUUCUACGAGGUGGUGGACGUGCGGCUGGUAUCCGUGUUCGAUGCCAGGGAGCUGGAGCUGGUGAUUGCAGGAACAGCGGAGAUCGACCUGGCAGACUGGAGGAACAACACGGAGUACAGAGGAGGUUACCAUGACAACCAUAUAGUGAUUCGCUGGUUCUGGGCGGCUGUGGAGAGAUUCAACAACGAGCAGAGGCUGAGGCUGCUGCAGUUUGUGACAGGCACUUCCAGCAUCCCCUACGAGGGUUUCGCCUCUCUCCGAGGCAGCAAUGGGCCCCGCAGAUUCUGUGUGGAGAAGUGGGGGAAAAUCACCUCCUUACCCAGGGCUCACACUUGCUUUAAUCGCCUGGACCUCCCGCCCUACCCCUCCUUCUCCAUGCUCUACGAGAAGCUGGUGACGGCCGUGGAGGAAACCAGCACCUUCGGCUUGGAGUGAACUCAAGAGUCCAGCUUCCCACCUCGGGAACGACACAGAGAAUAAAACUGCAUAUCCUCCAAAGGCAACUAGACCCUCUCCCAUGGAUGACUCAGCUGUUUUAUGUUCCCAUGACUCAGCACGCAGGCCUUCUUCUGAUUCUUGGCCUUUCUGCAGCCACGGCAAGAAAGGCAGAGAAUUGGAUCAAACAGCUGUACAGCUCGAUUUCUUUCUUUUUGGUUUCUCAGUGAGCCACAUGUGUGCUUUAUCUCUUGGUUACUGGAUUUCUAGCACCUCCUCCUCCUCCUCUUCCUCCUCCUCUUCCUCCACUGACCUGCACCUCAUACACAAGCUGCUCAAAAAUCACCAAACUCUCUUUUAUUCUUCUCUGGACCUGAAAACUGUGUUCGUCCUGCAAGGGGACUGCAUUGGAACUAACUGUAAUACCACACACACACACACACACACACACACACACACACACACACACACACACAUGUCACUUUAGCAUAUACACACACACACACCUGUCAC